AUGGAAACUAACGAAACGCCAACUCGUGAAGAACAACCAAGCCAAAAAUAUCCUCAUGUUACAGUUGAAACUGAUAACGAAGAAGAGGAAAAAAGAGUAGUUGAACGAGUCAUUAGUCGACCUAUUACUGAGAAUAUUGUGGCUCCUUAUAUCAUUCGGGAAACUGAAGAAGAGAGACAGACUCGCAACCUUAGCCACGAAAUUUCUGGUCUUCGUCUGGAUAUGGAUAAUUUCCAAACCAAUAUGCAAGAAUUACUAGAAAGAAGGUCGGAAAUAGGCACAACU